AUGGCGGAUUUCUUCAGCGGUGGCGGCCAUGGCGGCGAGCUUAUGGAAGCACUUCAACCUUUUUACAAAAGUGCUUCCGCGUCUGCUUCAGAUUCUGCGUUUGCGUUUGCGUCUGCGCCAAACCACACAUUUUCUUCUUCCUCUUCCUCCUCUCACUAUAACAACAAUCCUUAUGCCUCUUUUACAACCCAACCCGAUUUCUACCCGGAUAAUAUUUAUUCCGGAUCCAUGACCUAUCCAUCUUUAUUCGGGUCGGAUCUUCAACAACCCGAUUACUAUCCGGAUUUUUAUUCCGGAUCCACCGAUUUCACUUACGUUCACCAACAACAGAACGCUUGCAUGCUCAACUUCAUCGACCCGGGUCCGAGUUUUCUGACCCAGCCGGGUCCGGUAACGGCUCCAAAGCCUUCGAAGCUAUAUCGUGGAGUAAGGCAAAGACACUGGGGCAAAUGGGUCGCUGAGAUCCGUUUACCCAGGAACCGGACCCGACUCUGGCUCGGAACAUACGACACGGCUGAGGAAGCCGCGUUGGCUUACGAUCGCGCCGCGUUUAAGCUUCGCGGCGACUCGGCUCGGCUCAAUUUUCCCGCCCUUCUAUACCAGACCGGCUCGUCUUCGACUGAUUCCGGCGAAUACGGACCUAUUCAAGCCGCCGUUGACGCCAAGCUCGAAGCCAUUUUAGCUGAGCCGAAGAAUCAGCCGGGAAAAACGAGGAAACGAGCCUCCAGGUCGCCGGCUUCUGUAGCUAAGGCGACGGCUUCAUCUUCGGCUGAGCAGCCGGCGCCGCCACAGCAACAUUCAGGGUCGGGUGAGAGUGAUGGGUCGGGUUCUCCGGCGUCGGAUUUGAUGGUGACGGAGCCACCGAUGCCGUGGAAUGAUAAUUUCAUGCUCGGGAAGUGUCCUUCUUACGAGAUCGAUUGGGCUUCAAUUUUAUCGUGA